ACAGGAAGCGUGUAAACAGGCAGUAGCGUCUGAUUCAAAGCAGAAUAUUUCUCUCGUAAAGUUGUUUUCGCAGUUGAAUACAGUCGACGUCACAUUCUUUUAAUUCAUUUUAACUAAAUAAAUGCGUGUUUCCAUUGAUUAGCGUAACAUUAAACUACAAAAGCCUACAAAUCUGAAUGUUUUGAUUUGUUGAAUGGCGUUGCUAAAGGUGAGCUUUUAAUGAUUACUGGCAGCAGAGCAGUCAUCAUCAGUGUUGUUGACAGGGGCUCAUGGCUCAGGAUCUGCUGCCGGGUGUGGAGAGCUCCGCCGUGUCCGUGCUGAAGAGAGCCGUACAACUCGACCACUGCUCCCGCUCAGAGGCUCUGGUCUGCUAUCAGGAGGGCAUUCAGCUGCUGCUGGACGCUGUAAAAGAUGAAGCGAAGAAGAUGCACUACAGAGAGAAGAUCAAAGGCUACAUGGAAAGAGCAGAACAGAUCAAGGAGCACACCAACAAGCUGAAAGAAGAGGGUAAAUACCACGAGCAGAUAAAGAUAGCAGACAGCUCCACUGGUUUCAGCUACGAAUCCCUCUUCAAGCCGUACAUCACAGAUGGACUGACUGAAGUCUGGGUGGAAGACCCAUAUGUACGGCACGUCCAUCAGUUGUAUAAUUUCCUCCGUUUCUGUGAGAUGUUGCUGAAAUGUCCCUCUACAGUGAAGACCAUUCACCUUCUGACCUCACAAGAUGAGGACAGUUCCGCUCAGCAAAGCAAUGCUCUGGCAGAAAUGAAGCAGUCCCUACUUAGUAAAGAUAUCUGUCUGGACAUUCAGUUCUCCUCUACGAUUCAUGACCGAGAGAUCAGGUUUAACAACGGUUGGAUUAUUAAGAUCGGCAGGGGACUCGAUUAUUUCAAGAAAUCAAAGGGUCGCUUCUCUGUUGGAUAUUGUGACUAUGAUUUGAGAGAGUGUCAUGAGACUACAGUUGACAUUUUUCAUACCAAACACACCAAGAAGACCUAAUUUUGCAUGCGAAAGCUUUUCCACUGCCUGACAUAUUUAUGGGACUUCAUAUGCAAUCCGCACGCCUACGUAGAUGACUGGAAAUGUGCCUUUUGAUCCCAUUUUAAGCUUUUAAAAGAUGCAAGAGAACUGAUUUAAUUACUUUUACAUGCUCCAAUCUGAAUUGCAGGGGAAUAUGCAGAGGCUUUUGUGAAUUAUAUGAGCUCUUUUUUUAUUAAAGCGUUAAUUCACACACAAAAAAAAAAUGACCAUUUCCGCACUAUUUACUGUCCCUUAAGUGGUUAUAAACCUUUGUUUCCUUCUUUUGUUGAACACAAAAGAUGAUGUUUUUAAGAAAGCUGAAAA